AUGGCCGAACCGUCCGGGCGACUGGAGACGGUUUUGGAGCCUUGGAUGCGGCAUGAAGCUUUGCCCAACUUGCCGCCGCACUUGGCGGAGAGGUUGAAGGCUUUGUACUCGAGAUGCGAGAGGAAGACAUUGCGGCGGCAUUGCGUACGGGUGCUGCUGAAGGUGGAAGUGUGCAGAACUCGCUAUGACGGACCCUUACAUGCUUCCUGGCGAGGUGGAAGCCGAAACGGUGGAUGCGGACGCGUCAGACCCGGAUCCCGAGCUCGAGCCAAGCUCCGCUCCCUCGCAGGUGGCUCAGGAUGCGCCGACUGGAAGCACGCAGCAGGGCGAAGUGUGUGCCUGGAACGACUUGCCCCCAGAGGCCGUGUUUGCGCUGGAUCAGGUGCGGUACACGGUGGAGAGGAAGCUGGGCCAGAGCCAGGGCAGCGUGGUCUAUGCCAUCCGCUCCGAGAAGGGCGAAGGCUUUGUGGCCAAGAUGGAGGCGCAAGGCCCUUUGGCCGCUGCCAGGCGGUUGGCGAACAACCAACUGGAGAUGGAGCAGGUCACGGUCGAGACAUCUUCGAGGUGACCUCCUUCGUCCAAACUUUGACCCAAGUCCUCUCAGACUUUGGGUUGAGUGAGAAAGCGCCUGGCCCCGCCAGCCUGCCCGGUGCGCCGCCUGCAGCGCCCGAAGCCGCGCCCGCGACGCCCGAAGCCGCGCCAGGGCCCAGGCCCGAAAGCGGCCCGGCGAUGCUGGUGCCAGCUGCGAACCAGCAGCCCACCUUCAAAGUGCUGUUCGCGUCCGAAAGACCAAGGAAGCAGGAAGACGAGCAAAGCGAGUGCAGCGAGCCCGAGAAUGCGACCUUGGCGCCGGCCUUCCCAAAGAUGCCGGCCUUCAGCAAGGCGAAGCCGCAGGAUCCUCCCACGUUGUCCAGCCUGCUGGACAGCUAUGCUGAAGAGGAGGCGCCGUCGCCCCAGGAGGUGGUGGAGCUGUCCGAUCCUGAAGAGGCGCCUGCGGAGGGCCCGAAGGCUCUGACGCCCUCCGGCGCCAAGGCGCGGGCGGAGGCGCGCAGAGCCAAGGCCAAGGCGCAUGUCGAGGAAGAGUCCGUUUUCGACGAUGUUUUGCCCGAAGUGGUAGUAGAAGCGCCGGCCGAAGGAGAGCAAGUCUCACUUGGGACCCUGCCACUGGGCAGUUUCGUCAGGAG